AAACAAGUUUUACUAGUCGUUUACUGGUAGAUGCCUUAUUAGUUCUUACACUCUUUCAACUAGUCUAACUGCUCAUUUUUGCUUUUUCACCCGGCCUCGAUUAUUACCUGGAUUAAAAUCAUCGGUACUGUUCACGUGCCAAAAAAUCUGCUAUUUAUUUAAUCUUAAAUUAUUAAGCUCGGAUUUCUUUUCUUUUUUUUCUUCUUAGAUUUGUCUUCAUUUCGUAGUUGGUACUCCCGAAUCUAUAAAUGGAUUUUUUUCGCUGACUGGAGUUUCUUAUGGAUAGUAGGUUAGGAAUCAGGUUAUCAGGGCUUUAAGAAUUUAUGUUUUGGGGAUUCAUAUGUAUUUAUAUUUUAUAUCAAAAAAAAUUCUUGGGGGUCUAGGCCUGUUUUGGGGGCUUCUAUACAUUGCUCUAAGUUUUUCCAUUAGGAAUACUAUUCUCUGUUCAUUUCAGCUUUUAACUUUAGUUGUUUUCAGGUUUCUUCUCCUCUUUUUGUUCUUCUAUGGGGCGAGGUGGUAGAAGCGAUGUUCCUAAGGUCACGCUAGAUGAUCUUGCUUCCGUAGCUAAUGCCUCCGCUGCUUUGGUGAAUAAAGGAAAGGAACAAGUUACUGAUACCUCCAAUGCGCGAAAGAACUUGGCCGAAGUGCUCAACGAAAUUAAGCGAAAAGACGCAGCUAAACCAAAGAAAUCCCGAAGAGAUUUGUAUAAAGACAACAGGUCGCCUUCAAAGGGGCUUAAGCUAAGCUAUAUCCCACCCGAAGGAGAUGUGGUUGACUUGCGUGAAUCGGACCUGGAUGACCUUGUCUCCCUUUGGGGUUAUUGCUUGGUUGGCCACAUUACUGGUAUAUACCCUGGUCGUAAGGCGCUGAACCGCCUCAUCAGGUCGUGGGGCGUUGGGUGUAAGUUGAUACCUCGUGAUAAUGAAUGGGUUCUUUUCCGGUUCAAGAAUGAAGAAGAUAGGACUAAAGUGCUGAUGGAAGCGCCUUAUGAACCGUUUGGUGAAACUCUCAUGCUAAAGGUACUUACUGAAGACUUUAACUUUGAUGAAGAGGACUUCAUUGAGGGAUAGAGUGGCUACUGGCUUGAGUUAGAGUUGGGGAGGAUCUGUGCUAUUGUUCUUGUUUGUGUACUUUUGAUUUCCUAUGAGGAGAUAGGUGGUUUGCCUUUUCUACCUCAGCUUGUGCUUUAGAAGUUUUUGGUUCUAAACUUGAUUCGAAAGUGGUUUUCUUAUAUUAACCAAAACAUGGUAUGUGCAUUAUCAUAUUCCACCAAACUUGAUACCAUGUCAUUAAAACAA